AUGGCGGCAGCUGUGGAAGGAACUCCGCGACGAGUACGUGCACUGUUGUCGAGUUUUCUUCACUCAUCUGAAAAUGAAGAGGAAAAAAGGUAUAAAUUAACUCCUUAAACAUGCGCAUGGACGUUACGAUUAUACUCAACGUUGCUUCUGAUGUCCCUCUCCAUAUGCAAUUAUUCGAAGCAUGCUUGUAUUCAAAUGAGCUGAAAUUGACCAUGACGAUAUAGAUUGAUGUUUAUUUCGUAUAAGCCUUCAGUUGUUCGCGAUCGAUGCCGAAUCAAUUUCCUGGAAAGGUUUUGCCUUAAGAUGGUUUAAACUAUCCAUCUCUUCAAACAUAUAGUGACAUAAUAAUUGUGAGUGACAAGUAAAACGUUGAUUUGUUUGAUUCCUCUCAGAUUGUUAGGAUGUCUGGGUACUUAUGCUAGAAUCGUCUGUAAUUAUAGUUUAAUUGUAUAGCUCUACAAUUUGACUUUUGUCUUCCAACGUGUAAGAUGCAUCGCCAUACUCUAGCAAAAAGGAAAAUAACUGUUUAAUGUUUAACCAAGGGGUAGGUAAAAAAGGAAUCAUUCACUGGUAUCAUUGCCACUGUUUUUUUACUUGUCAAAUUCAACACAUCUGAGCUCACUACACGUUUCCUCCAGUUUGCCACAAAUUUCACCAAGACCCACCACCUUGCACAAAUCGUUGAUAAAAGUUUCGUACUUUAACUAGCCGGAAAUCUUAUUUGUUGCUUAUCAUCUUUCCAUUCUCUUAGGAGUCUUGAACAAGAAGAAUCAGAUCUAGAUUCAUUCUGUAGGAGCCAACCAAGAAACAAGGAAGCAUUUUGGAGUCGCGUGGAAACAUUUACUGUAUCCUUUUUUAUCUUUUAAAAAUAUUUUAAGGUAAUAUUUUGGUAUAAUAUUGAAUUCCAGUAGGAUGAAAGGGUGGGAGAACUCCCAAAUUAAAGUGACAGGGGUUGCUCAUCCUCCAAUUAGCUGGUGUAAGUUGCAGUUUUUGGUCUCACUUAGUUUAGGAAGAAAAGCUAAAAUAUUCUCAUCCCUACAGAUACCACUUGAGGAAGUUUGUGAAGAAUAUACAGCUGUUUCGAGAAAGGUUGUCGGAAAAAGUGCAUGCAACAAUCCCGAAAGGUAUUGUGGGUGGUUUUAAGUUCACUGUUCUUCAAAGAAAUUUGAAAAAAUCGCAGGAGAGGCCAUGGACUUGUGUUUGAAAGUGCUAAAGGAAAGCAACAAAACUAAGUUCGACAGCUACAGUGUCAAGAACAGCGUAUUGAUCAUAUCCCAUAUUACCUUUCGGGAUGUCGCAUUCACAUUUUUCUCUGACAACCUUUCUCGUAAUAGCUGUAUACAUGUAAAGUUAAAACCAAAUUCAGUAUAGUUUGCUUUCUUGUCUUAAUGUCCUGUUCCUUAACUAAGUUCAGCCAUUUACAUGGUUUGCAAAGCCACUGGCAUUGUCCCCAUUAUUCUGUGCACAAUACGGCUGGGAGAAUAGUGAGGUAGAUAUAUUACAAUGUGUACGGUGCAAGGCAACUCUUGAUGCAACGAUAUCAACAACAUGGGAUCCAGAUAUGUGUGAGUAUAUCAAAAUAUGCAAUUUGUGCACAAAACAUGAAAAGUGACUGUCAAAUCUAUCCUACAACCUUCUCGUGUAUUUUAAUCCAUAUUCUCAGAAGAGCAGCUUACUUUAAAAGCUUAAUAAAACAGUUCAAGGUAUGUGGAAUUGAACCGCUGCCUGGUUAGCUGAGUUGGGAGAGGGACGUUCUGCUGAGCAGGAGGUUGGUGAGUUCAAACCCCGGCCGGACCAACACUCAGGGUCUUUAACUGAAGAGAAAGUGCUGCCUUUGCAAUGACAUCUGUAAAUGGUUAGACUUUCUAGUCUUCUCAGAUAAGGAUGAAAAACCGUAGGUCCCAUCUCACAGCACUUUCACUUACCUGGUUCUUGUGGGAUGUAAAAGAACCCACACCACUGUUCAAAAGGAGUUGGGGACGUAGACCCCGGUGGUGUGGUCAACCUCUCCUUGGCUGGGUGGGUUAUCUGGUGUGUUCCGCACCAUAUGGUGGAAGUGAUUAAAUAAAUAAUAAACGGUGCACUAAUAUUGGAUUAUAUAUUCCAAAAUCUCAGGAGAUUUACCUUCUCCUUUAAUUUUAAUUGCAGAUUCAAAGACUUGUGAGCAGUUAAAGGAGGCACUUGUCACUGGACAUUCUAAACUAUGCCCAUGGCCAGACAAUCCCAGUCCUGGUAUGUAACCUCAACUUUUUACAAGUAAAGAGGACACCCUGGAUAUCACAGUGGUGGGAGCAGGGGUAGGGAGAGGUGGAGAAGCCCUCAGGGUUACUGAUACUAUUUUGUAUGGAAUCACUUUUUCUUCUUUGUGUAGUCUUGCCUCCAUGUGCGUCCACCCUCAUUUGUAAGGGAGGGGAGGACAAAUAGACAUUACAGGCCUUUUUACAUAUUGUUACGAGAAAUAUCUAGGACUGAGUGGCAAUCAAUUCACUUUGAAAAUGGGCUAGCAACUGAAAUGUUAGAUAUUUUAAGUCUUUGAAUGGACACAGCAAUUCAUUUGGAAAACCAAUGUUAUUAUUGUAUCUCUUUGAGAAUCUCCAGUUUGCCGGUCAUUGUUAUCAAGUAGUUAAAGAACUAAUCUUAUUUCUCAUCCUCUGGUACUCAGUGGGUAGAGUGCAUUCAUGUAAGCUAACCUACCCCAAUUUGAUUGCUAGAGUUUCAGGACUUGAUACAAGGGAGCUAAGUACAGUGAUGGUGAAUCUUGAUUUUUGGGAAGAAAUCUCCAAGAAUGUCCUUUCUACUCUUGUGGUUGAAGGAUGAUUAUGAUAAUGAUGAUGAUGAUGAUGUAUUUCUUUUAAACAGAAUCAUUUUUAAAACUACCGAUGUACAGCUACAGUCAGUGGCUAGAAGAUUACAGAGCAAGAUGGAGAUCUAUAGUUACGCUAGUAGAUGAGAUUCCUUUAAUAGAUGAACAGGCAAUAGAGGACAUGGUCAGUGGCAAAGAUUUGUAUUCAGGGCAUGUUUUUGGUCACCGUUGAUUGUUACUUCAGUACGAAAAUUGCCCCGUUGCAGUCCAAAGAAAGAUUAAGCUACGGUUUCUAAUCAUUAGUUCUGACAAAGUCAAAAUCUAAUCCCUAUCCUUUAUCAGUUGCAAAAUUGGUUAUGAGAACCAAAAAAAGAUCACCGAUGGAAAAUGUCUUACCCUAUUUAUUCGGUUAACCACCCCGGGCACUUGUUAAAUUUUUGGACCUUGAGAGUGGGUGCUUCAGCAAGUGUAGUAUGUUUAUUUUGCAACAAAACAAUAAAUGGUAAUAACGAAACGUGAAGAUGUAACAAAGCAAGUUUUCUGUAAACUACCCCUACUGAAGAAAACUCCGUCUUCUGGGAAGUCUCUUUAUAUUAGUACUUAUUCAGUUUCAAUUUCAAUCUUAUUGUCACCCAAGUGGGUGGGGGUGGGUGCUUAUUAUCUUUUUCUGCCUUUAGGAUGGGUGCUUAUUCGAGGUGGGCGCUAAUUCGAGGUUGGGCGCUUAUUCAAAUAAAUACGGUAAUUUGAAAGUCUUGUCAGAGACAGAUUAGCAAAUGUAUAGAUAACAGUGCAGAGAACACAGAUGUUGAUGUGGCAGUUUUAAUGGUUGGAAUUCUUUUCAGGAUUGUUUGUCACCAGGACAUAUUGAAGGCCUUCAGAAUUUAGUUGAUCCUGGAAGUAUAUGCUGGACAAGGAAUGAAUUGGACUUAGAGCAAGCUUCAAAGGCAUCAUGUGUCAUUGCCCUGUGUGGCUGGCAAGGAAGGUAUACUGGAAUAAUUAUUACUGCAGUAAUAUUUAAAUCUACAGGACCUCUAAGCCUCUAUGGACAUCAAUUUAGUUUUCCAUCAAAUUGUCAGUUUUUCAGGAAAAAUAAUUGUCUCAAAUCAAGAACUGUUUUAUGUGGUAACACCACGAGCGAGUUCAGUGCAACCACAAUGGCAAAGAAAAGGUGAAAAUAAGCGAAACAAAAACUCAGACAACUGUGUAUUUUACAUUAGUGAAGUUGAUUUUUUAAAUGGUACAAUAAGGUUUAAUGAUGUAAUUUAAAAUUUAGUACAUUUAUUUUCAGUGCUGCGAGUGAUUCAGAAGUAAACACCAUAUCUUGUUCAUUGUGUCGUCGUGAGCUGGGUGUGUGGAAUUUUUUCCCUCUUACACAUGUUCCAAGUGAACAGGAAGAAGCUGUUGAUAAGGAGAGCCCAUCUUAUCUUGAUACUGGGCAAAUAUAUGACGAGGAGAGAAGCAGACAACGGAAAGCUGACCAAGAAAAGUCUUUUCGUUCCGGUAGCAAUGUUGAAGAAAAUACCAUUGAAUAUAGCGGCAAUGGAGAUCAGUCGGAACCAAUGGAGGAAAGUGAAAGCUCUGAUAAGUCUGAAAAAACUUCUACUGGGGACACUUUGACAGAAAAAGAAUAUAUUAAUCAAUUAACUGAUAAACCACUUGAGCCAUUUAGCCUCAAGUCACCUCUACACCGUUCUCUUUCAAAUCUGCCCGGUGAAGAGGCAACAGAAUCACUCUGUGUGGAGGUCGAAAAUGAGAGUUUGUCUGAGAGACUUCAAGAUCUUGAUUCUGAACUGGAGUUUAUGGGUUGUGCUAGAGAAGGGAACCUAGAGAGGGAAGAUCUUGGACCCAGAGCAAAGAGAAGAAGGUUACAGGUAUGGGAAUACAUUCGCUGUCUUAUUUUGUUAACAUGUUUUAAAUAACCAGUACUUUUUGUAAUGUGCACAUGUUGUUGAAUUCUCUGACCAGACAAUACUUUUUUGUAGGAGGUAGAAAAAAGUACAUUCCAUGUGUUAAAUGAACAUCGCACAUGGUGUCCGUGGGUUGUUAGUAUGACCAGUAAUGAUGGGACCACGUCACCGGCUGGCUGGAGGCUUCUUCUGGGAACACUUCUGCCAUCAAUGAGUCCAACAUCAACUCAGUUGAUUCAUGAGGUAACUUCACUGUAAAAUUGUGUAUUGUUUGGUUGAUGAUGAUGAUGGCGAUGACAACGGUGAUUGCAAUGAUGAUGAUGAUGAUGAUGAUGAUGAUGGUAGAAUUUGCAUGCAUAGUUGCAUAUUUGAUAAAGUGAUUUCUAUUCCGUAAUUAUUAUUGACCAUGUGAUUUUAGCAGCAUGCGGUUCAGUUCAGUACAUUAAUGAAUGUAUGAGUUACGUGAGAGUUCUAGUUUUUUUCGAGUUCUUCCUCAAUGAUGAUGAUGAUGAUGUAGAUUGUAGAGGUAGCACAUCCUCAUAUUCUUUGUCUACUUUACAAUUCCUGAUCAAAUUGGAAUUAAGAUAUGUUGGUUUUUGAGGUGAGGAGAAGAUGGGAUUUCCAAGAAAAAAACCCUGUUGCAGCAAGGGUGGAAAUCAACCACGAAAUUGAACUAGCAUGCAGAGCAGCUUAAUUCGAAACGAUUUUUUUAUCCCGUUUAUAAGCCUUUUGGAUAUGACCCCACCCAAAAUCCCCUUUUGACAUUUUGUAAACCCAGGGUUAAAAACGGGGAUUUUACGGUAUUUUCCGUUGUUAGCCCUGUCAUCCAAAUACUAGACGAAACAUAAUUGGGUUCACGUUCUUCUUGUUUUAUUUUUAUUCGUUCUAGACUCCUCCACAAGACGCUUGGAAAACAGUUAGAAAGUUACUUGGAGAUUGUUAUUCCCCAGCAAAGCAAGUAUAAUAACGGAACAUCUAGCAAUGAAGCCUAACAACUAUUUAAGCAUGACGCAUGAUCAUUGAAGGAUCAACACAUGACAAAUGAUCAUUAUCCUCUUUCUUGGAUAAGCUUCGAAAGUGUUUCAUGCGUCUUAAAGGUCAUUUCACUCCUUCGGAACUAUAACUGGAGUUGUUCUUAACACGAUACCAUGAUCUUAGACGUCUACAAUUGCAUUGAAUGCAAUUUAGAAGAAGUAUAUCUCAUUGAGUUAUCCGGCAGAGAGAUCUUUCGCAGCAAGAAUAUUUGAUAACAAGGAGAUAAAUAAUCUUUAUCAUGAGCCUUCAGGGAAAGUGUGGGUUUGAGAAAAUAACUGUCAACAGGUGUUGAUGGAAAAAGAGAAGACUUUGCGUGCCCGUUAUAUUGGGGUUUACGGUAAAUCUAGUUGAAUGUCGCGGGCAAAAUUACAAUUCUCAACACUAUUGACUAGGUUUCGUCGAAAAACAAGUUAACAAAUUCAUUUACCAUUUCAAACUUGACAAAAAUGGGAGGUUUCAUUGGAAUUGACACUCUAUUAUGAUCUAUUUUGUUAGCCGCGUUUCAGCCAUUGUCACGGCACUAGGAAGUGUAUCACGACCAUUCAACUGCAGUUCUUACUUAUCAUUAAAUAACUAAAGACAAUUUCAUCGGUCAUUUAGCCUCGUGUAUGUGGGAAAGAAGUCAUUCAACUACAAUUGUUUUAACGUCCGGAUGAUCUUUUAUCGUUCAGGCCACACAGGGAUAUUGUGUCAAUAUUUUUUUUACUAAACAAUACUGUCAGCUUUGGUGUAACAGCUUAUUACACGUAUUUUUCCGCUGUCAUGAUAAACAAGACGUGCAUAUGUAUAAAUACAAAGAUGUUUUUAGAAAGUUUCUAAGGCGAUGAACUAGCCUUAAAUUUAUAUAGAAUAGUUCCAUUAACAGAACAUUUACAAACGUUUUAUAAUUACCUUCUUGGUGAAGAUGCCUGUAAUUUAUAAAAGUUAUUGCUUAUGUUCCAGUGCGACGCACCUUACUGUGGCCGACAAAUUUUUACGAAGUCAGUAUCUAAUCAAAGACGAGGAUUUGUUUCGAGAGUCGGAUACACCCCUUCAUUCAAAGUUAUGCACGAUAUUAGGCUGUACGCUUGCGUAAAAAAUUGAACGGUUUGUUAAUACUGCAUACAGUCCUGGUGUUUUGUGUAUCUCCCGAUGCG